CUUGAACCAGUUCGGUUCACAAGUGCACUGCUUAAUGAGCCAAUGAUAGUGGGAUGGUAACACACUGCUACAUGCUACCAGGCCUUAGCGGACAGGAGUAUACAUGGGAGAAACAUGGCCGCCUUGUACCCGUCUCACUUUCCCACGGAGCAAGAUUCUAUCAAUGACGAGAAUACGGGAUCUGGGGGAAUCGUCGGUAUAUGCCAAUCGGAAUGUAAUCCAACGCAGACGGAUACAACGACAAGUGGAAAUAUCUCGGAUUGCUUUAGCGGCCAACAGGAUGCCCAGGCUAGCAGUGACAGUGCUAACAACGUGAGCCUUGCAGAGUCUGAUGGUAAACCACAAGCUGGGACUCGUGAAGAUCCGCUGGAUAAUCGUGCAUCAGAAAAAAUGGCAAGUGUCGACAGUCCAAGCCACAUGAAGCCUCGUCUUCCCGUAUCUGGAACUGAGGGCAGAGACUACGACGUGAAGGACGACGAGUGUGACCGAAAGGAUAACUUUACGAAACAUAUGGUGCAGCCUCGUAAACUUGCUAACGAUACAUCUGAUGCAGAUGGAGAGAAGAUCGACCCAAACAACUAUAUUGAUGAAAAGAGCCAUGAGAAUGAUGCAUUGAAUGGGCUAGAGGUGGACAUUAAUAGAAGAGAAGGGAUUGGGAAUUCUGUGGACAGCAUACCUGGCUAUAAAAUAGGUCCAAAAGGGAAACGUAUCAGGUCGAGUCUGCAGUGCAAGGAUUGUGGGAAAAGGUUUAAUCGAAGAGAGACAUUGAAUCUUCACCGUCACUUCCAUUCGCACAAUGACCCCGCACCCCUUACCUGCAAAGAAUGCGGUUUGACCUUUCAGGACCGUAGCAGUUUCAUCAAGCACAGAAAGGAACACAAAGAGAAGGAGCAACCACUUAUAAGUUCGAAUAAGGAUUCAGCCUCAAGCGAGGGGAGACGGUUUACAUGUGCAAACUGUAAGACAUUGUUUUCAACAGUAGAAGAGCUUAGGGGCCACAAUUGCAGCAAAUAUUCAGAUAAACCUUACCGCUGUCCCCUGUGUGGUCGAGAGUUUCAGUUUAAGGUGGCUAUCCCGAGGCACAUGCAGAUACAUUCGCUUGAGAAUAUUUUCCAAUGCCAAGAGUGCAACAAACAUUUCUCUGACGGCCCCGCUUUCCGUGCGCAUCAGAGAUGUCAUGCUGCCCUGAAGCCAUACGAAUGUCUUGAGUGCGGUAUGGUGUUCAAACAUUAUUCAGUAAUGGAAGACCACCGUCGUAAGCACACAGAAAACAUGCCUUCCCAUCAUUGUUCUGUUUGUGGAAAGACCUUCAAGUACAGCAGUCUUCUCCAUCAGCACCAGUAUCUCCACACGGGUCAGAAACCAUUCUGCUGCCCAGAAUGUGGUAAGAAAUUUGCUUUUGCCCAAAACUUGAAGGCCCAUUACCGUCAGCAUAGACUAUCUACCACUACCUAUCUAGUGCCUCCUGACAAGCCCAGCAAACAAGACCCAGUGCCUACAACCGAACCUGCCAAUGGACUUGGGAAGGAGAACACAGGCCAGAGUAUAAAACCAAGGCGAGUAUAUAACUGUCCUCUGUGCCCCCUGAAGUUUACGAUUCCGGCCAACCUGAGAGCCCACAUGCUGAUACACGAGGCAGAGUAUGAAAAACUGGACAACACCCCGACAAAGGAGACCAAACCUAUGAUCUCGGAAAAGGGCUACAACUGCCCUCAGUGUCCAAGUAUUUUCCAUAACAAGCUCAGCUAUUAUGGACAUUUGUUAAAAGCCCACAGAUCUGAAUCUCACUAUUUAGAGCAGGUGGCUGCUGAUCAAAGUCAACUGAGACGAAGAAUUGAAUGUCAUAGUAAGUUACACAAGUGUCCACAGUGUAGCAAAAUGUUCCAUCAACGCUCAGUGUUUGAGGCUCAUAUGCGCGUUCAUUCCAAGGAAAAGCCAUACUUAUGCAAUGUGUGUGGCAAAUCGUUUAGAUGUAACAGCUACUUGCGGCAGCACCUUAUCAUCCACACAGGUGAGAAGCCUCAUAAAUGUCCAGAUUGUGGUAAAGAAUUUGCCUUCCUUCAGAACAUGAAGACUCAUCUAAAGUUGCAUCGGGCCAAACCCUUCCGUUGUGGCAGCUGCCACAACUUUUACAGUGAUGCGGCCCAACUUAAACAACACAUGAUGUCCCACAAACGUCCAAAAAGACAUAAGUGUCAAUUUUGUGACAAGAGUUUUACAUUAGCAUGUUUGCUUCGUGAUCAUAUUAACACGCAUAACGGAGCGAGACCUCAUUGCUGUGCUGUGUGCCACAAAAGCUUCUCUUGGUUAAGCAGCCUUAAUGUUCAUAUGAAAAGACAUGAAAGGAGAUUAGCAUCAAUACCAGUGAGCAGUUCAGCCAUGGUGGCUCCUCCGACGCCGAGGGACACAGACAGAGGCCAAAAUGCAUUCCAAACACAAGCUCCUAGGCUGGCAGCCUUAAUAGAAACAAAACAGGCGGAACAAUGCUUGUCGGAGAGUUGUCCUCCAGUCCAAUGGAAGGUGGAUGGAGGUGAAGUAUUGCCUGUUUUGUUGGCUCGGAAGUCAGAUCAGCCCCAAGUGCUCACACAGUUCGAUGUCUCAAUGCAACACAACUACAGCCCGUUGAAGUCCCUUUCUAACCCUAGUUCAGUCCCAAGUUUGAAGACAUCAAGCAUUGCAAAAGAGAGCUCGUUUUUGAUUUCUGGUUCCCUUCAAACAGCUAUGCCCCAAACUGUCAGUCCGUCUUUAGAUAGUGAGGUAGAGAAACAAAGGCAAGCCCAGCCUGAGAAGUGGAGAGGCACGUGCACUUCAACUGUUAUGGACUCAAAUAGCUCUUCAUUGCAUCACGUACCUCUCUCAUCCGCCUAUGCGGACCGAGCAGCACUUUGGAGUGUAAAACAUAAUCCAGUAACUUCAUCUUCACAGGUCUUUCCAAGUAAGCAAGAAUCGUCUACAUCCCCUACAAAAGACGACUUUAAUCCACAUAUAGCAAUUCCAUUCACUGUUAGCCAGUCAGAAAAAAGAGUAAAUGGAGGUGUGCUGCCCAAACAAUGGUCCACAAGUUUAGCAGUUUCGUCUUCAGCUCUAUUAGACCAAAGCAAGGCUGUGUUAAGUACCCCUGCAUCUCUCGAUGUAUAUAGCCCAUUGGUGGACAUGCAGACAGCUACAGGCAUUCCAAAGACAUUGAACCCCUCAGACAAAAGGGGUGUUAAUCCUGAGUUACAGUUACAACUAAAGCCAGGCGGGACAAAUCGGACGUCUCCCCAGAAAGUUCCUAUGACUCUACCAUACCAGCCUCCUCAUUUUGCCCAUGGAGUAGGACCUGCUGUUUGGCGUUUCCAGACUAAUCAUGUUGGCCCUCAAGCACUACUCCCUGGACACUUCAAACCAGGAAACGCACAGGAACUGCAGCAAAAAACAAUGGUAACUGGAACUCAGAUUAUCCUAAAUCAAGCUUCUCCCUUUUUUUCUCCUCCACUUGCUCCUCUACCUCUUCCACUUCCUUUGUCUGGCUCUCACUCUCUUCAUUCUGUUGCUGCACCUCCAAGACCUCCAUACCCAAACAUUUUUUUUGCACCGCAGGCAGUGAUGAGCCCCCAAAUGCCACGGACGCUGCCCCUACCUCUCAGCCCUCACACAGGACCGCACAAUCUUGGUGGACGUUUACCCUUAGCACCAGAGGGACUUCUACAGUGCAUGAUAUGUGGGCACUCUCUCCCUCGUGAAUUUGACCUAGAAAUGCAUUAUCUGCAACAUGCUCAAGGAGAGAUUUGACAUUGGUAACUGGUCUUGGUCAAUGGGCGUAAUUGAAAAUAAUAUUUUGUUUCUGCACAACUUAAAAAGUUCUAAACAUUUUUACAAACAUUUGAAAGUCACAUUAGGAGCUUGCGGUAGAAUGUGUAUUUGCAUGUCCUCUGAUACCCAUUUAAAGAUUCUUGUUGACUUUGAAUGCAUUUCUACUCAUUUUUAAUGGAAAUAAACCAUCAAUUUGAGGAACCUAGAUGUUCUGUUGAUUUUGAACUGGGUCUUUGGUGGAGAACUAUUACCUUUCCGUUACUUUCCUUUUGGUGCACUGUCAAAUGUAUAGUAUAUUUGCCUUUGUAGGGCUGUUAAGUUUAAGCCUAGUUUAAUUUUCUCAUUGUAGAUCCAUGCAGGAGACCCCCCCCCCCUCCAUCAUUCAUCAUUUGAAGAUGCUUAGGGGAUGGGGGGGGAUGUGGGGGUACUUAACCAUAAGAUAUGGUCUGUUAUGCCAUUGCAUGAUGGGGAUAGGCCUAAUAUUAUAUAUUUUUUAAAUGAUAACUUGCAUUAUGGCAAGUUUUUUUCUUUACCACUAACAAUUUUCUACUGCAAUAGGUGAUGGAGUAAUGUGUAUGGUUCCACUGGGAAUCCCACAUGAAAUUGAGAGGCCUUUCAGAUUGCUAUUUGAAAUAUAUUAUUUUUAAUACACCUGAAACUUCCAAGUAACAUUGUCUCACUAUUGAAUAUGUAAAUACACCAAUGGUUAACAUUGGUUAACAUUUUUGCUAGUUGUGUGUUUUGGGAACUUUUUAAAACUUACAGAAUGCCAUCUCCCUUGUGGUCCUGUUAUUGCCAAAUACAAUUUGGUAUCCAGCCUUUAGGUAGCUCCCCAGUAGGAUACAAAUGUAAUGUAUAAUUGUAUAAAUAAAACCAACAUUGUGAAUAAAGAAGGUCCCUUAUCAUUGUUAAUAUUGUGAAUCGUUCUACCCUACUUUUGGGGAAAUAAAUAAUUCUCAGAUUCUCCUAGGCUAUUCUGUAGUCCUACUGAAGGGGUAGGUUUCAUAUUAAGGGAAUGGUAUCUCAGUAUUUGGACAAUACAAUUCGUAGGUCAUGAUGUGAGCAUAUCGGGCGCAACGUCAAAUAACUCGAUAUUCUGAGGUACAUUCAAUUAUAUAAGUAGUUGUAUUGUGGGAAUACUUAAAAUAUAGAUUAUUUUUAACCACGGAAGCCAUUUGAUAUAAUGCAUUUAAAUUUGGUUGACUAUUAUGCUUAAGCAGGCAAAAAAAGAAGCUUGGCAACUGCUGCGUGUUUAACCAGAGUCCUGCUUAAAAUUAUAGACAGCUCUAAUAGCAUAGUAUAAAUGCCAUUAUCAUCCGUGAUGCUCGGGGAAUUGUAAUUAUACUGCAGGGAUAGUUGUUGUGAGGGUUGUGAAAGAUAAAAAUGUGUACAAUUAUGAUUUAUUAAGAUUGUUAGAAUAACAAGUACCCCAUGCUUUACAAUUGUUCUCAAAACGGAGUAAUACGAUUUUUGCUGCAACGUAUGAUAUUGUUGGAAAUUGACACAUUACGUAAACGUGGUUAAAGAGGCCGCGCAUGCGCAUUCCAACGGGGGCACAUUUUUGCUAGCAGCAUCAGCAAGCUAAGCUAAGCUAAGUAAGCUACCAUCCCAUACCAUCUCAGCCAAUAUCGAUGGUUAUAUUCGGAUGGCUAGUUUUUGCAUUUAACAUUGGAUUAUUUGUGUUUUAUAUAUUUUUUUAUUAGAAAAAGGAAAUAUAUGAAUUCCACCAUUCACCUCCUAGACAGAUCACUCGCUGAAAAAUAGUAAAAUUAGCUAAAUAUGGAACAGAAUACGGCCUAACCGGGUUAGCCAUAGAACGUGCCUUGGAGACAGCAAGCACUAGCAAAUGGUCACACAGCGGAUUAAAGGAGGCACGGAGGAAGCGAGAUGGACCGAGGAAAUAAGUCAGACAAACAACCUCAAAAUAAGGGCGAUGCGUCGGUGUCUGCCCUGGACGUUCUGGAUGGGGAUCGGGAUUUCUGCUGUCAGGAUUGUGGAGAAGAUUUUCAGGAGGAAGGAGCCUACUUGGACCAUCUCCAUCAACACUCUCAAGAAAACUGCCUUGUUGCGAAAGGCGGUGGACAAAAAAAUAGCUCAUUAGUUCAAUCAAAUGACCUUGACUCCCAUGUGUUAAAGCGGCAUGGACUAUCUCCCCAAAUAGAUAUGGUCAAACAAAAAACUUCCUUGAUGACAAAACAGCAUGCUUAUGAAUGCUCUGACUGUGGAAAAUCCUAUGGGGUAAUUGGCCACUUUCUCAAUCAUCAACGCUCACACAAGCAAGCUCCUAAAUCAGUUUUUCAUGAACUUGAGCAACUGAAGAAGAAGUCGUUUCAGUGUGAAACGUGUGGGCGUAGUUAUUCACGUGCAUCAGCACUUGAUGCUCAUCGCCGCUGUCAUGAAGGAAACCUAGUAAGGUCACGGAACCAGGCCAUAGUCGAUGUUUUUCAGAAUGAAGAACAGGUUGUGGAAAAUGAACACACUGAAACCCAUGCCAUUGAGCCACUUGAAAACCUUUUUAAAUGUUCAUGUGGUAAAGCCUUCCCUGCCCUAUCACGCCUGAAAACACACCAACGAUUUAGUCGAAACACUCAAUGUUCGCCGGAACAGCUUAAAGAGGUUAAAGAUGUCAAAGAUAAACCAAAGAAACUCUUUCACUGCAGUGAGUGUAAAAAGGAUUUUAACAGACAUAUUGCCCUGGUCCAACAUCAGCGCUGGCAUGCUAAUUCAGCUGAAGCUGCAAAAAAGUUUCCAUGUGAAGAGUGUGGAAAGGUUUUCAUGACAUUAACAUUCUACUUCAAGCACCAGCGUUUGGUACAUAGUGGCGAGACUCCCGCAAAAUCAUUCCUCCAUCAAGUAUGCCAGCUACAAAAGAAGGGUUUUGAAUGCAAGGACUGUGGGUUGAAGUUCUCCCGGGCCUCAGCCCUUCAGUCCCAUCAGCUUCAACACACCGAUGUCUACAAAGACACAGAGAAGGAAACCCAAAAGCCCUCUACUUCACUACCUCAACAUACCAUCAUGGAAAGCAAACCAGAAGAAACCAACCAAUUGGCAGCCAUGGAUGUUGACUUGACUGGCAAGUUGGACAAAGGUAUUGAUUCAACCCAACACUUGGAUGAAGAGGUUGAUCUGCAGGACAGUUUUCAAAACUCUUUGACUGAAGUCUCCUAUGUUAUUGAGAGUGAUGCAGAUGCAGAGGGUUAUGAAACCGGGGAUUUUAAUGUUGAGGUGAUCAGCGAUAGUGAAUCUGAGGAGGAUCCUUCCCGCGACUUAAAUCCUGACCUUGAGUUGCUGUGUGAAUCAGAUCAGGAGAUCAAAGAGGAGUUGGAAGCUGAGGUUGAAGUUUCACCUACAAGUCUGGUUUUAAAGCCAGGGAUGGAUCUAAAAAUUGUACAAAUAGACUUUGAGCAUAUGGAGCAACCCAGCACCCCAGAAAUCUUUGAUAUGGAUAAAAGUGCAUCAGAAAAAUUUGAUUGCCCAGAGUGUCCGCGGUGGUUUUCUAGUGCUUCGUCCUUGAGGGUUCACAAAAUGUGGCAUGGAGUUCAUAGGAAACGGAGAUGGACAGUAGGCCAGCAUGAAACUAUUAGUAAGGUGAAACGCAACGAGCACUUGCAAAAGCACAAGGAUGAAAAACCUUUCAAAAGUGUCCCGGACCAGGCUGAUGGACUAGAAAAGAAAAGCUUAUUUUGCAAAGAUUGUGGGAAGUGGUUCAAACGCAUGUCUUCCUUCAUCUCUCAUCAACAGAAUCAUCCUAAAAGAAAACCCUACCCAUGUCUAGAUUGUAACCUAUCCUAUGCACAUGCAAGUGGCCUCUAUAACCACAGGAAGAAUUGCCAAGCUCAGAAUAAAGAAAUGGACCAUGCUUCAUUGAAUGAAAAAGUGUUCAAUCCAAAGAAAACACUUUUAGGCCCAAAGAUUUAUCAUUGUGGGCAAUGUGGUAAGGGUUUCUGGUCUUCAGGAGCGUACUCCCACCACAAGCAGAGUCCAGAGCUCUGCUUAGAUUUAAGGCCGGGAAAGAGCCCUUCAUCUUGGAAAUCAGUUCUAGGACGGCCCCGCUCUAUCCGAAAGGUAGCAUGUCCUGUCUGUGGUAGAAAGUUCCGUCACAAUGGCAUUAUGAAAUCCCACAUGCGGAAACAUGAAGAUGGGAAUCAUAAAUGUGACUUGUGUAGCAGGUCCUUCCGUCUUUUCUCAAGCCUCCUCAGACAUCAGGUUGUCCAUACUGCUCACUUAAUUCCUCCCCCUAUUAAGUCCUUCCAGCAUCAGGUUGAACAGGUGAAAAAGAAUACAUACAGCUGCCCCGACUGCGGGAAACUGUUUUCACGUGCCAAGGCCCUUCAGUUUCAUAUGAGAAGUCAUGGAUAUGACACUGGGUACUCACCAUCUUCACCAAAGUCCACUGUGACAAUUGAGGCUCUUCAGUGCCCUACAUGCCUUGCACAUUUUAACAACAAGUCCUCCUUACGAGCUCAUCAAAAAUUAUGUAUCAAAAGAGACCCCCAAGAAGUUGAUGUUAUAAGCACAUCAGAAAAUAUGUUGAAGUGCACCAGCUGCCCUGCUACUUUUAAGAGUGCUGUGACUUUCCAGGACCAUAUUAGGGAAUGCAGAAAGAUAACUACAAUUGGCGAGGCAGAAGUCAAAAGAAAGGGAGUUACGGAGGAAGUAACUAAUUCUUCAAAAAAAGAGGUGAGCUUAGAUGAGAAAAAGUUAGGAAUCCGUGUGGCCUCAUCAAAAGUGAACCACUCUGGUCCAUCAGAUUUGAAAUACAAAUGUAAGGAAUGUGAAAGAAGCUUUUCAGUGGUCGGAGCGCUGAAUUUCCACAAAAGAAUUCACCUCCAAGGUCACAAGUCAAAUGCAAAAACGUCUUUGCCUCUUUUGCCUCUAUCAAUAACACCCAAAAAACAGGAAGAGCAAAUUAAAAGGCCAUUUUACUGUUCAGAGUGUGGACGGCGAUUCUCUUCAAAUUCAGCUCUUGGUACUCAUAAAAGAUGGCACACGGAUAAGAAAUUUGCAGGCUCUCUACAAAAAGAUGAUGAACCGGACAUUGUUUCAAACCGGAAGAUAGACGAAGGACCUUAUCACUGCACCAAAUGUGGCAAGAGCUUUUUCUACCUGUGUGUCCUCCGACGCCACCAGUUAUAUUACCCCCCCUGCCAGACCAAAAGUGAGCCACUGAUUGAUUCAAACAUACAUUUAGACGGCAACAGCAAAAAGUUGGAGCCUACAUUUUCAUGUCCGCAAUGUAAUAUGUCAUUUGUACGUGGUUCACUUUUAGCUGCCCACUAUGAACAUCAGCAUAGCAAGAAGGAUCCACAUAGCAAAACGCCCUGUGACCCUGAACAAGAAAAAUCCAAAAAGAAAUCAGCGGCCAAAGUUGGCAAACCCCUUGAUGCCCCUUCCUCAGUCCUCAAAUCUAAGCUUCACCAGUGUCCUCAUUGCAGCAUGAACUUUACAAAGGCCAGAGGCCUUCGUGCACAUAAAUGGCAGGCCCAUUCUCAGAGCAAAAAAUCAAGCGUUGGCACUAAGCUAAGUAAUGAAUCUAUAUCCUCGAGCUGUAAGCCUUUAAAAAAGGGAGAUAUUUCUCUGUUAAAAGUAAGUCAUCCAGUUGCAAGUAAACCUACAGUUUCACAGAAAAAGGCCACUGCUGGAAGAAGAAGGAAAAAGGGUAGAUCUGGCCUCCCAGCUUUCAAAUCCAUACCUUGUCUUGACUGUGGAAAGAGAUACAGCUCUGCUGGAGCUCUUUACAAUCAUAAGAAAGUGUGCCUGGAGUUUAAGAAGGAAUUAAAGGUGCCCAAGCAAGAAAUCCUGUUUCCUGAACCUGUGGCAGAACUUCCUGCAGCACUGGGUCGUCCAUCUGAGUAUACAGUGAAAUGCCUUUUCAAGUGUGAUAAGUGUGGAAAAGCUUUUCAGACAGAAGAACAGUUGGUAGCUCAUAAGAUGAAGGCAAAAAGUCGGCCAUAUUGUUGUGCUCUCUGUUGCCAUAGUUAUUGGACUGAGACCCAACUGCAACAACACCUUGCUUGGCAUGAUGAGAUUCGCCGACGUCUCCCAAUCGAGCUUCGUUAUAGACUGAGCACCGCUAUGACCUCCAGACCUUCAAAACCUAUUUUCCAAUCUGCUGGCAAGAAAGACCACUCUCAGUCUUUGAUUCAGAACUCGGCCAGUUGGUCACAAACUAGCCACAAAUGCCAACAUUGUGGUAAAUCCUUUCUUUCACCAUCGGCGUUACAGAGACAUGAAGCUCAACAUGGUGGCAAUGGCUUGUUUCAUUGCUCUUUUUGUCCAAGUACUUUCAGUGACAUUCAGGACCUCAUCGAUCAUCACCAGGAAUGUAUGGUUGAUGGCAAAAUGCAGAGAGAUGACCCAGCUGCUGUUUUAUCAGGAGAUACAAAUGGCCUUACUUGUUUUGAAUGUGGAACUUCUUUUGCAGAAGAAGUCGAGUUGCAUCAGCACUACAUUGAGCAUGCCCAUGGAGCACAUUAGACACACUUUACUGAUAUGGAUUUAUGUAAAAUUGCAUUUGAUUGUAAAGGUAUGCCUGUAUAUACUAUUGGUAAGCUAAAGUUAGCCCUCAGAUUACCCUUGUUAAGGUAAUCAAACUGCAAAUAAUUUGUCUAAUUUUUUUCUUCAUAUUACUUGAUACUUUUAAAAUGUUUAAGAAUGAAUAGUUAGCUUUUCCUUCUUAAAUUCUCAGGCUGUUCUUCACACUGGACUGAAAACAUAACAAGAAAAUUUAAAUGUGUUUUUUUUUUUUUUUUUUUUCUUUCUAAGUUUGAACUAAAAGCAUACAUUUGUUUUAGACGGGUUGACAUUUAAGGGAUUAUGUAAUUUGUCAUUUUGGGAAGUGCGAUUUACAUGACUAAAAAUGUAUGUUCAUCCAUUGGAUUUGAUUAAAUAUACAUGCAUAUUGAAGGCACCCAUUAAUGCAUGUUUCUGAUUUCCAAACUCCCCAGAAAGUGUAAAGCUAAGUUUGAAAAGUUCUUAUUUCAAUGCUUGAAAAAGAUUUUUGCACUUAUUCGACUUAAAUAUGCACAAGAGAAAACGGUAAUUUAAAAUAACCUUAAAUCCAUUUAUAAUUUUUUACAUUUAUUAUAUUGAUUGAAGAAUAUUGUUAACAGUACGAAUGGAAAAAGUCGUUGUUUUAUUUCUUCGUUCUCACAAUUCUUAAUACAGACUAAAUUCGCUCUAUGUCCUCUGCUGUACAGUGUAUUUACAAGAUUUCUGACAUAAAAGAUGUACCUUUUCAAUGUAAUGUGUUGCGAUACAAUGAUAGGCUAACUAAUUAGAAUAAUUCUAUUAAUUGCGGAUAUUUUUCAGUGUUGUACCAUUGCUUUAGUGAAGAAUAUAGUAUUAAUUAAUAUAGGAGCACAAUUCUGUUAUUUUUUUCUUCCCCAAAAGAUCAAACGUGUGGCUUUUCAUUCCUCCUUUUCAACUUAAGGAAAAAAUAAAGAAAAUAGUGAAUAAUAAAUCUAAGAUUUAUUUAACUGAAA